AUGGGCUCCAGGGAGCAGGUCCUGCUGCUGCUGCUGCUCCCAGUACUCCUGCUGCAGAUGAGGCCACCAUGUGCCAGAGGCCACUCAACGGCAUCUAAGAGCGACAGCCCUUUCUUUUCCCUACAAAUUAAUGUCAUUUUUGUUUUUAAGGUUGAUAUUGUCAGCAGCUUCCAACAAGACAGAGACAAUCUUACUAGUCAAAUAAAGGGAGAGAGUCACUGGCCUGUGCGUCGAUACAAGAGGAGAUGGACUGUCACCACCUUGGAGCUUGAGGAGGAAGAUUCAGGCCCCUUCCCGAAACUCGUGGGUGAGCUGUUCAAUAAUAUGUCUGAAAAUGUGUCAUUGAUGUAUUUGAUCAGUGGACCUGGUGUGGAUGAGUACCCAGAAGUGGGCUUGUUUUCCAUAGAAGAUCAUGAGAAUGGCAAGAUCUAUGUUCACCGCUCCGUGGAUCGAGAAACAACGCCGUCUUUUCUGGUCCGUUUUGAUGUAGCUGAUCGCUCAACAGGGAAAACUGUGGAUAGAUCUUUGUUUUUCAACAUCAGGAUCAGUGAUAUCAACGACCAUGCACCCCAGUUUCUGGAGGAGGAAUUUAACAUCACCCUUAAAGAGGACCAGGAGGCAGAUCUGCCUCUAGCUCAGAUGUCCGCAGUUGACCUGGAUGAAGAGAACACGCCCAAUGCUCAGGUCCUUUACUCCCUGGUCUCUCAGAUGCCGUCGCCCAGAGGGAGCGGUUUCCGGGUGGACAGGCUGAGUGGGGACAUCCUGCUCUCAGGAUGCCUGGAUUACGAGACGGCGCCUCUGUUCACGCUACUGAUCAGAGCCAGAGACUCUGGGGACCCACCACUGUCGUCCACAGCCACCGUCCACGUCCACGUGCAAGAGGGCAACAACCACAGGCCUACCUUCACCCAGGACAGUUACAAGGUGCAGAUUCCCGAAGGCCGGGCCAGCCGCGGCCUGCUGCGUCUCUGCGUCCGAGACCAGGACUCUCCCUUCAGCUCCGCCUGGAGAGCAAAAUUCAACAUAACACAUGGCAACGAGGAGGGGCAUUUUGACAUCAUGACGGACCCUGAAACUAAUGAGGGCAUCUUAAGUGUCAUCAAGCCUUUAGAUUACGAGACGCUCCCCUGGAGAAAGCUUGUCAUUUCCGUACAAAAUGAGGACCCGCUCUUCUCCUGUGAGGGGGGCCAGCUGGGGCGGCCACUGCAGCCUGGGGCCAGCGCCACUGUGAGCGUGGAGGUGACCAACACCAAUGACCCACCGGCCUUUCAUCCCAGUGCCUUCAUUGUGACUGGAGAGGACGGUGCCCACCCAGGGCUUCUGCUGGGAGCCUUUAAUGCAACAGAUCCAGAUGGAAUUGCAAGCCACAUAAGCUAUAAACUGGUUCAUGAUCCAGCAAAUUGGGUCACAGUUGAUGAAGACUCUGGAGUGGUGACCACCAGGGACCAGAUAGAUCGAGAGUCGCCGCACGUCAAGGACAGUUUUUACCCUAUUGUCGUCCAUGCCAUUGACGAUGGCUCCCCACCGCAGACGGGGACAGGGACCUUGAUGCUGUUCCUGUCUGAUGUCAACGACAAUGCCCCGAUGCUCCGGCACCCCCACCUGGAGGUCUGUGAGUCAGCGGUGGGGGAGCCCCUCCUCAUCGAGGCGGAGGACCCCGACCUGGAGCCCUACGCUGGCCCCUUCACUUUUGAGUUGGAUGGUGCUUGUGGACUUGUAGGCGACAUGUGGACCCUGGGCAAGAACUGGGGCCACACGGUGGAACUGCUGAUGCAGCGUCGUCUCCAGCCUGGGAAUUACCUGGUGUGUCUGCACAUUGCAGAUCAGCAGGGCCUUGCCCGGAACCAGACUGUCCACGUCCAGGUGUGCUCCUGCCCUGGCGGUGGCCGCAUCUGUGCCCAGUUCACAGCUGUCGGGGCCCAGGCGGUGCUUCCUGUGGGGGUGCUGGCCCCAGGCUGUGUGGCCAUCCUAGUCUUGGCAGCUGCCCUGCUUUCCCUGCUGCGAUGCUACUCUGCACUUGAACCCAAGAAGAACCACUGUUCCAUCCCAUAUGAAGAUGGUGUCCAGACCCUGAUGACGUAUAAUGAAGAGAGGACCAAGACUCUCGUCAACAUUUAUGGCUUUGGAACAGUGACAGUAGUCCUGGUGGCCGUGGUUAAGCUGCUCACUGGAAGCUUGUCGGUGCAGAUCCACCGGUGCAGGCCACUGCUGGAGAUGUGA